AUGGUUCUUGCCUUGGCCAGGAAAGUCCACAAGGGAGGCUCAGGCGAGGGUGAGGAGUACCAGAGGACAGAGUGGCGAGCGAGGCUGAGCGAGGCUUUGCACAGUCCAGCCCUCCUGCUGCAGCUUAUUCGAUUAGUUUUUCCAGGUCUGGGGACAAGAAGGCUGGGCACAAGAGGGAGUACCAGAUAUCAUUAUGACGGAAUAGCUAUCAAGAAGAACUCUUCCUUUUAUGCACGUUAUUGCUCCCUUUUGUGUGAAAAAAAUUAUCACAGGCACCGCUCUCCGGGGGAAGCGAGCAGCUCUGCCUGGCAGCUGAGCACCUCCGUGGGCACUGGUGGAAACGCUUGCAGUUCUGGAGAUGCAGCUGGUUACGAGAGCGAUAGCCAAAAAAAAAGAACAAGCAAGAAUAUGCACUGUUCUCCAUCUGUCAUUUAUCUGAAGACUGAACAAGAGGGAUUUCAGUACCCCUGGCCUGAAUUCAGCAGAUUCUAUCUUUGGGAGCAAGAGCUGGGGAAGAAAUACCCCUAUGACAUGGUUGUACUGCUUGCCAACGAGUAUUGCAGCCAUUGUCAAGAUAUUUUACAUAUGGUGAGAAAGAAAGAACUUGACAAGGUGGAAGACUGUAUCAUGUCGUUCUGGAGGUCUCUGCAGCCUGAAAGAAUAGCACUGAUGUCCUCACCAGAUGUAUGCCAGCUGUUCAAAAGCUAUGACAGGCAGCUAUUCAAGGAAAUGGAGAACAUCCUACUUUAUGAUUUCCUGGAGGAGGUGCCUGUGCAACACAUGAAGUCAAUCAGAUUAUUCAGUAAAAAUGUUGAACUCUGGCUGCUUAAUGCUUUGGGAGAGUUUCCAUUACUGCUCCAAACAUCCAAAUCUAAAGAAGUUACAGUGUUUAUAAAAAGACUCAGGAGAAAGACAGACCUUUCUAACAUGGCCAAGACAAUGAGAACAGUCUUGAACAGCAACAGCAAAGUCACUGUUCUGCGAUCAGAAUUGCAUGCUGUCAUCAUCGAUCAGGGAUUUCUGGAUGUGCCUGGAAGCCUCUUUCAAUCGAAGUUUAGGAAUCUAGAGGAGCUGCAGAAUGACAUCGAACUCAAAUGUUUGAACGACCUAAUGUCCUUGCUGACACCUUACACAGAUAUUCGGGUUCUCCUGAACUGUGUGUCUUCAAAUCUUCAGGCUUUUGUCAUUCAGCCAAGCAGGAGUAAAGAGGAGUUUAGAAAACUGGCAUCGGAUUUCCAGUUAAGAUGGAACUUCUUACUGAGUGCAGUGAGCAAGGCUAUGACCCUCAGCUAUGCAGACAGUUUUGGAUCCUGGCAUUUGUUUAAUUUGCUACUCAUGGAUUUUGUGGCUCACAUUUUCCUGUCCUAUAUAGAGGAGGAAGGAGAUGAAAGUUUCUGGGUAGCAAAGCAAAACGAGUCCCCAGUUCUGUGGGUUUAUGAGCCCAGCCAUCUCUGGGGCUGUUUUGCGGAGAAGCAACCUCAAGCCAAUGCUCCACAGACAGCUCUCAUAACUUUGAUGGAGAGCCAGAGUAACUUCGGAUUAAGCAACGUUUUUCCAGCGUUCUGAGUUGCUCAGUGGACACAACCACAGGCAACAAGCUUAUCCAGGUCAUUUUCAAAGAGUGAAUUACUAAAACUUUUACUCAGUUGGAUCUUCAAGUCUGAAGGGAAGCACGUCUCUAUUCAAAAAGAUGGACAUACAUUUUUUUGCCUCUGAUGGACACAACUCUUCAGAGAAAACCAGCCUGACUUGAAAAUUCUUUAUGCUAGAUCAUUCUUACUUUUUGAUACAACUUUAAGAAAUACUGUUUUCGUUCUCUUAAAUUUAAGAUCUUUUUCUGGAAAUGCUAAGUGCAAAA